CCACUCAUGCCUGUCCCUGUCCCCCGGCCUCCCCAUGUAAGCUCGGCUAGCUAGCACGGACAAGAAGCAACUCGCACAGACUCCCCCGGCCGGUCGAGCUAGCUGAUCAUCGUACGCGCGCGUAUAUAGGCGGCGGCGUGGCGCAGCGGAAGAGACAUGGUGAAGUUCUCAAGGGAGUACGAGGCCAGCAUCAUCCCGGAGUGGAAGGGCGCCUUCGUCGACUACAAGUGCCUCAAGAAGCUCGUCAAGAAGAUCAAGGUCGCACGCCGGGACGAGGAUGACUCGACCACCGCCGCCUCCGACGCCGACGCGCUCGUCGCUGGCGCAGGCGCCGGUGGAUUCUCCGUCCUCAACCCCGUCCGCGCCAUCGCCGCCCGGUUCGCGCCCAGAGUGCAAGCUUCUCCGGAGGACGAGGAGAGCUCGGAUUCGUCGGGCGAGCUCGUGCGGCCAGCAGCCAGGCAUGAGCGGGAGUUCCUGGAGAGGGCGGAGGAGGAGCUGGAGAAGGUGGACGGCUUCUACGCCACGCAGGAGGCAGAGCUGCUGGGCCGCGGCGAGGCGCUCAUCGACCAGCUCCGCAUCCUCGCCGACAUCAAGCGCAUCCUCGCCGACCACGCCGCCUCGCGCCGCGCUAGGGGCCUCCUGAACCGCACCCGCUCCAUGCCGGCGACGGCGCCGCUCUCCCCGGCGCUAAGCGGCUCCGGCCGGUUCCUGCUCUCGGUCUCGGGCCUCGCCUCGCCGCAGUCCAUGUCAGACGGGAGCGUGGAGCUGCAGCAGGCGCAGAUGACGGAGGGCGCCGCCGUGGCCGACGAGGUGAUGGCGGCGCUGGAGCGCAACGGCGUCAGCUUCGUGGGGCUUCCCGGCAAGAAGGACGCCAAGAAGGACAGCAACAAGACCAGGAGCGGCUCCCUGCAGCUGCCAGCGACGGUGCGGAUCGACAUCCCGGCGACCAACCCCGGACGGACAGCGCUCAAGGUGUGGGAGGAGUUGGUGAACGUGCUGCGCAAGGACGGCGCCGACCCCGCGGCCGCCUUCGUCCACCGCAAGAAGAUCCAGCACGCCGAGAAGAACAUCCGCGACGCCUUCAUGGCGCUCCACCGCGGCCUCGAGCUCCUCAAGAAGUUCAGCUCUCUGAAUGUAAAGGCAUUCACCAAGAUUCUCAAGAAAUUCGUCAAGGUGUCAGAGCAACAGCGAGCAACGGACUUGUUCUCAGAGAAGGUGAAGAGAUCAUCGUUCAGCACAUCUGACAAGGUUCUUCAGCUUGCGGACGAGGUGGAGUCCCUCUUCAUGAAGAACUUCGCGGGCAAUGACAGGAUGGUUGCGAUGAAGUACCUCAAGCCGCAGCAGCCCAGGAGCACACACAUGAUCACCUUCCUCGUAGGUUUGUUCACAGGCACAUUUGUGAGUCUGUUCAUCAUAUAUGGUAUUUUGGCCCAUGUUUCUGGCAUUUUUUCCUCUGCUGGAAAUACAGCCUACAUGGAAGUAGUUUACCAUGUUUUCAGCAUGUUUGCACUCAUCAGCCUCCACUGCUUCUUGUACGGAUGCAACUUAUUCAUGUGGAAGAGCACCAGGAUAAACCAGAAUUUCAUCUUCGAUUUCGCCCCGAACACCGCUCUCACGCACCGGGAUGCCUUCCUCAUGUCUGCAUCGAUCAUGUGCACGGUGAUUGCCGCGCUGGUCAUCAACCUGUUCCUUAGAAAUGCCGGUGCGUCCUAUGCCAAUGCUGUGCCUGGCGCACUCUUAGUGUUGUCAAUGGGAGUUUUAGUCUGUCCAUUUAACGUGUUCUACCGCUCGACACGGUACUGCUUCAUGCGCAUCUUGCGAAACAUCGUAUUCUCUCCAUUUUACAAGGUUCUGAUGGCCGAUUUCUUCAUGGCUGAUCAGUUAACUAGCCAGAUUCCGCUACUAAGGCACAUGGAGUUUGCAGCGUGCUACUUCAUGGCAGGAAGCUUUAGGGCUAAUCCAUAUGAGACGUGUACAAAUAGCCAACAAUACAAGCACCUAGCCUAUGUGAUUUCCUUUCUCCCUUACUACUGGAGAGCUAUGCAGUGUUUAAGAAGGUACCUGGAGGAACAUGACACGAAUCAGCUUGCCAAUGCUGGCAAGUACGUGUCGGCAAUGGUUGCAGCUGCUGUCAGGUUCAAGUACAGCGCUACACCGACGCCAUUCUGGAAGUUGAUGGUUAUCAUCUCUUCCUCAGGUGCCACUCUUUACCAGCUCUACUGGGACUUUGUCAUGGACUGGGGCUUCUUCACCCCAAAAUCCAAGAAUCGAUGGCUUCGAGAUGAGCUAAUCCUCAAGAACAAGUCGGUCUACUACAUUUCAAUGGUACUGUACUUUGUUCAACUAAUUUAUAGUACAACAUCAAAACAAGCUAGGAUCACUUAUUCCUUCACAAUGCAGGUGCUAAAUCUGGCACUGCGUCUAGCCUGGACGGUGAGUGUAAUGAAGAUUCAUGUUAGUAAGAACCAGACUCGUCUGCUGGAUUUCUCCCUUGCUUCACUAGAAGUAAUUCGGCGAGGACACUGGAACUUCUACAGGCUGGAGAAUGAACACUUGAACAAUGUUGGCAAGUUCAGAGCGGUGAAGACUGUCCCGUUACCAUUUCGUGAGCUUGAAACUGACUGAGAAGUCACAGAGAAUAGUGUGCCCAAUAUCAAGGGAAUUUAGGAUCAGAGUUCGAGGAAUUGUAAGCUGACCCUGGUAGUCUUGUUGUUAGAUUUGCUGACGAGGCGGAAAUAAAAUCUUCGGAAUGGUCGCCGUAGUCUAUUCUUGAGCCACCUUCCUUUCGUCUCGGCUUGUUCGCGCGGGGUGAAUCGAGGUGGAGAGUGCUGCCACCAGUUCGGCCGCUCAAUCAAGGUAGGCGGCGCCACCUCGGCUGGUUCGAGGUCGGCGUGCCUGAUUUGCCGACUACCUGACAUGCCCCUAUUCGGGCUACCAAGCCUGUCGAGUGUUCGGGUAAAUACCAAGAUAUAUAUUUUUGUUCGAUUGGUUUAGUUUUUAGACAAAAGGAAUUGUAAAUCAUAUUGCUUGUAACAUUGUAAAUGAGUUCGUCCAUGUUCAUGUGUUUGGCGGGAGCUCUUUUUUGAGUACUCGGCAAUGUGAGGCGAUUUGAACAUUUAUUUGUUUAA